AAUACCUAAUACUUCAUAUGAAAGACCCUUUUUUUUAAAAAAGGAAGAAAACACAUACUCAACUAUUAAAUUUUCAUCCAAAAAAGAAAAAAUAACUCAAGCUCACAUAGAAAAAGUAAACAGGGGUCGAUGAACUGGAUGAACCUAGUCUGAGCUCGUUAGUCGAGCAUGUCAGCAAAUAAGGCUGCCCGGGUGGGCGAAGAGAUUUGGAAAGGUCGCAUUGAUAAGGUCAACGCCGAACUUGUUACCUUGACCUAUGGUACCAUAGUCGCUCAGUUAUGCAAGGACUUUGAAGGUGACUAUGUCGAGGUCAACAAGCAACUUGACAGGAUGGGUUACAAUAUCGGCCUACGAUUAAUCGAGGAUUACCUGGCCAAGUCUAAUACGAUGAGACGAUGUUCGAAUUUUCGAGAAACAGCCGACAUGAUUGCGAAGGUCGGCUUUAAGAUUUUUCUCAACAUCACGCCUACUGUGACAAAUUGGACAGGCGAUAGCAAGCAGUUCUCUCUCGUCUUCGAGGAGAAUCCGUUAGCAGACUUCGUCGAACUUCCCGACGACGGCAGAGCUCAGGACGAGUUAUGGUACUCUAACAUAUUUUGUGGUAUCCUAAGAGGAGCACUUGAGAUGGUACAGAUGCAGGUCGAGGCACAUUUCAUCAGCGACGUACUACGAGGAAACGAUACAACUGAGAUGAGAAUAUCUCUGAUCAGGUAUAUCGACGAUGAGCUGCCACCCGAAGACGACUAGUUAGUUAGCUUAUGGCGAGGAAGUUUAUGGCAAGCUACCUAACCACAUGCUCCGACAGACAAGCUGAUCAGUUGCCUCUGCCUUGCAUGCUUCGAUUGACAUUGGUUGAUAAUAAUAUUAUCUAGGUAGGUAGCUAGGGAUAACUACCUACCUAUCUAGCGAUGUAACAUGAUAUAUGCCUUGUAUUAAGCUAGUUGUAUGACCUACAACCAUAUG